AUGCCUACCGUGACCCCCACGAUUCGCCUGGGUUCCCAGUUCUUUCAUGAACAUUCCCGCCAGGUCUUUCGAUUAUGCCUGGGUUCCCAGUUCUUCUACGAACAUUCCCGCCAGGUCUUUCGAUUUAGUUCAGCCCAAGGUGCUCUAGAGAGGCAGUCUAUUGAUAGCUACAAGGCUCUUCUCACUGUCGCUCGCGAGUAUAAGACUCAGGGUUUGGCCUAUUCUGACGCUAGGAGGCUGUUGAAAGAGGAGGCAGCAGGGUUAGUGAUCAAAAAGCGAGACUACUAUAAUUUAGUGAGGCUCUGUCCCCAGGACAUCAAAGAUGAUGAUGACACUAUCACCGCAUUACUUCGAGCGCUAGAAGACCGCGCUUUUAAGUAUCGACUACGUACAGAAGAUACAAUUGAAGACGGCGUCGUCAUCGCUCGCAAGCUAGUCCAAAUUUUCUUCUACUGCGAACAGGCAGUGCCUUUCACCCAGCGAUUUACCUCAAAUGCAGUGCUCAUUGUUGACGGCACGUUCAGAACCAAUAAGCUAAAGUUCCCUCUGCUCGUUGCUGUUGGCAAGACCAACACAAAUAGGACAAUGCCAGUGGCCUUCUCAUACGCCCCUAGCGAGUCUGCUGAGUCAUUCGUCUUCUUCUUUGACUGUAUGCGUACAGAAUUCUACUAUAACGACAUUUGCGAGCCGGCAGUAGUUAUCGCUGACCACUCAUCUGGAAUGAUUAGCGCCUACGAUACUCACAAGGCAUUACCCCAGUCACGGCUUCAGAUUUGCUCCUGGCACGCUGUCAGAAAUACGGUGGCACAAUAUCACUGCAAAAAAUCUAUUCUCCAAAGUAAAGUUGAGUUCGUUGUUCUUCUUCUCUAA